UUGUUUAUUGUGUGGUAAUCGCGGAACUACUGCAGUUUCUUAUUACUCGUUUCCGAAAAAUAAGAAACUUUGUAACAAAUGGCUAUCAAUUUGCAGAAUUGAUAAAGAUUUUCUGAGCACAACCACAAAAUUGUGCUCUAAUCAUUUUGAAAAAGAUGAUAUCAUCUUUAAGGCCAAAGGUUCGAUUUUGAAACCCAAUGCUGUGCCAUAUAUCUUUAUCAAAAAGAGAAGAAUAGAAGUUAUGAACGAUGCACACUUGGCUCAUGUAACUGCAGAUGUUACUAUUUCUAUUAAUAAUCAAAGCUCCAAUAAUGUAUUGAAAGGUAAACAGUAUUUGGAUUCCAACAACGUAUCAUUAGAAGAAAAUAGUUCGGUAAAUCGGCCAACCACACCAUCAAAUUCUGGUCAUAUCGAACUCUUUCAAACGCCGAAGAAAGCUGUACAUGUACCACGCUAUGUAGGAGAUAUCAGAUCGCCACAACUUUCGACACCUAAAAAAGCUAAAAGGGCUUUAAAUGUGGCAAAGAGGACCAUUCAAAGGUUAAGAAAGAAAAUUAAAAUGUUACAGCAAGAUCAAAGAAGAUUAAUAGCUCGCAUAACGACGAUGGAAGGCCUAAUCAAACAUUUAAAAAAUAAAAGUCUACUGUCAGAAGUAACUGCUGAAAAUUUAAUGGUACCUUUACAUCAUGUUCCCACUUAA